AUGCUUUUCUCUGCCGGUCUUCGCGGCUUCGCGGUAUCAUGUCUUUUCAGCUUUGUUGCUCAACUUGCAACCGGGGCAACAUUCAAAAAUCCACUCAAAGAAACCAAUGGCAGUGAUCCCUUUAUGGUAUAUACUGCUGGUUAUUACCAUCUUUUGACCACAACAUGGACCGAUAUCGAGAUCACUCGAGCGACUACUUUAGAAGGAUUAAAGACAGCGACGCCAACCGUUGUUUGGACGGACACAACCUCAUCUCGGGCUGGCAAUUUCUGGGCACCUGAGGUUCACUGGAUUGAUAAUACUUGGUGGAUUUAUUAUACUGCUGGAACUGAGACGUGUUGUGAUGGCCAGCGUUUACACGCAUUGCAAGGCGGUACGGACAUUCUCGGAACUUACACCUACAAGUCCCAACUCAGCUCUGAGUGGGGCAUCGAUGGCACCGUCCUCCGCACUACCUCACAGAACUACUUUGUCUGGUCCCGCUUCAGCCCAAACAGCUUGCAGAGCUUGUACAUUGCCGAAAUGAGCAACCCAUAUACCAUCGGAACGCCAUAUCUGCUCUCAGAGCCCACGAACUCAUGGGAGACCGUAGGAGGUGCCGUCAACGAGGGUCCAGCUGCGCUUUACCAUGGUGGAAAGACUUACUUGACCUUCUCGGCCUCGUACUGCUGGACUACUAGCUAUCAAUUGGGACUUCUCACUUGGAACGGUAGCGGUGACCCAUUGCUAUCGAGCUCGUGGACAAAAAGCGGACCGGUAUUUAGCAGUGCGAAUGGUAACCUUGGGCCUGGCCACAACGGAUUUUUCACUAGCCCCGAUGACGCGGAGAUUUGGAACGUGUACCACGCAACUUCGGUUUCAACUGGUGCGUGUGAUGGGAAUAGAUACACAAUGGCUCAACCGGUUAACUGGAAUUCUGACGGGUCUCCAAAUUUUGGGUCACCGGAUGCUCUUUCAGCGAGAUUGAACGAGCCUUCUGGAGAAUAG